AUGCCCUCUCCCAGGGCCACAAGGACGCAACUGCUCGAGAAGUCUCUGAUCGACUCGGACCCUGAGGUUGCCCAGAUCAUGACCUCGGAGAUCCAGAGGCAGAGGGAGUCCAUCAUCUUGAUCGCCUCCGAGAAUGUUACCUCCCGCGCCGUCUUCGAUGCCCUUGGCUCGCCCAUGUCCAACAAGUACUCUGAGGGUCUUCCCGGUGCCCGCUACUACGGUGGCAACCAGCACAUUGACGAGAUCGAGCUUCUCUGCCAGAAGCGUGCUCUCCAGGCUUUCAACGUCGAUUCUUCCAAGUGGGGUGUCAACGUCCAGUGCCUCAGUGGAAGCCCUGCCAACCUGCAGGUCUACCAGGCUCUCAUGCCUCCCCACGGUCGUCUGAUGGGUCUGGACCUCCCCCACGGUGGCCACUUGAGCCACGGUUACCAGACUCCUGCGAAGAAGAUCUCUGCUGUGUCUACCUACUUCGAGACCAUGCCCUACCGAGUCGACAUUGACACCGGCAUCAUUGACUACGACCAACUCGAGAAGAACGCCCAGCUGUACCGCCCCAAGAUUCUUGUCGCUGGUACCUCUGCCUACUGCCGUCUGAUUGACUACGCCCGUAUGCGCAAGAUCGCAGACUCCGUUGGUGCCUACCUUGUCGUCGAUAUUGCCCACAUCUCGGGUCUGGUCGCCUCCGGCGUCAUCCCCACCCCCUUCGACCAUGCUGAUGUCGUCACAACCACCACCCACAAGUCCCUCCGUGGCCCCCGUGGUGCCAUGAUCUUCUUCCGCAAGGGCGUGCGAUCUGUCAACGCCAAGACCGGCAAGGAGGAGCUGUACAACCUGGAGGACCCCAUCAACUUCUCUGUCUUCCCCGGUCACCAGGGUGGCCCCCACAACCACACCAUCACCGCCCUGGCCGUUGCCCUGAAGCAGGCCAACACCCCUGAGUUCAAGGCCUACCAACAGCAGGUCGUCGACAACGCCAAGGCUCUUGAGAACAAGUUCAAGUCCCUCGGCCACAAGCUUGUCUCUGACGGAACCGACUCGCACAUGGUCCUCGUCGACCUGAGGCCCGUCAGCCUGGACGGUGCCCGUGUCGAGGCCGUUCUGGAGCAGAUCAACAUUGCCUGCAACAAGAACUCCAUCCCUGGCGACAAGUCCGCCCUGACCCCUUGCGGUAUCCGUAUCGGUACCCCUGCCAUGACUUCCCGUGGCUUCGGUGUUGCUGACUUCGAGCGCGUGGCUGUCUACAUCGACGAUGCCAUCAAGAUCUGCAAGGAGGUCCAGGGUGCGCUGCCCAAGGAGGCAAACAAGCUCAAGGACUUCAAGGCCAAGGUCGCCACCGGCGAGGUUGAGAAGAUCAACAGCCUGAAGAAGGAGAUCGCCGCUUGGUCUCAGACCUUCCCUCUGCCUGUUGAGGGCUGGCGUGUGGACGCUGGUAUCUAA